CCGUCAACCCUGCAAAGUGACCCGCGAUUCGAAAAUUAAGGUUCCACACGAUUUAGUUCGGGUUAAUGUCACUCCAAGCCGAUGUUGUCGCUAAAAUUUAGGACCAGGAACAGUCCGUCGCAGAAAACGUCCCUGAGGUGGGGCGAUUGCUGCCCGAAACCUUCCGCGCUCGUCGUUUCCACCUAGGUGGCUGCCUGGGGGAAUUCGUCACGAGGUGGUAACAACACACCAAAAUGAUCAACAUAGCCGGCGUAAUAUCGAUCAUCCUAUUUUACAUCUUGAUUUUGGGCGUCGGCAUUUGGGCGGCCAGGAAAAAAGAAGCCGGCAAUGAUUCCGAAGAGGAGGUCAUGCUCGCGGGAAGAAACAUCGGCUUGUUCGUUGGAAUAUUUACAAUGACAGCUACGUGGGUGGGAGGCGGCUACAUCAAUGGUACCGCCGAGGCGGUCUACACGUCGGGUUUGAUUUGGUGCCAGGCACCUUUCGGCUACUCCUUGAGUCUGGUCUUCGGCGGCAUUUUCUUCGCGAACAAGAUGCGCCAGCAAGGAUACAUCACCAUGCUAGACCCUUUGCAAGACAGUUUCGGCGAAAGAAUGGGUGGCUUGCUUUUCCUCCCCGCACUUUGUGGCGAGGUGUUCUGGGCGGCUGGAAUAUUGGCAGCUCUGGGGGCGACACUCAGCGUCAUUAUCGAUAUGGAUCAUCGUACCAGCGUGAUCUUCAGCGCUUGCAUAGCCGUGUUCUACACGCUAUUCGGGGGUCUAUACGCCGUAGCUUAUACGGACGUCAUCCAGCUGUUCUGCAUUUUCAUUGGCCUAUGGAUGUGCAUACCGUUUGCCUGGACCAACGAGCACGUCCAAUCGCUGUCCUCCAUGGACGUCGACUGGAUCGGGAAAGUGGAGACUGUCGAUCUGUUUUCCUAUAUCGAUUACGGUCUCCUGCUGAUCUUUGGAGGUAUACCGUGGCAGGUGUACUUUCAAAGGGUGUUGUCCAGUAAAUCCGCGGACAGAGCUCAGGUUCUCAGCUACGUAGCUGCUUUUGGUUGCGUGCUGAUGGCGAUACCGCCAGUUCUCAUCGGUGCUAUAGCUAAAGGAACAGCUUGGAACGAAACCGGCUACAAAGGACCGUUCCCGUUGUCAUCGGAUGAAACCGGAAUGAUACUGCCUAUGGUGUUGCAGUAUCUGACGCCCCAGUUCGUGUCGUUCUUCGGUCUGGGUGCUGUGUCGGCCGCCGUGAUGUCCUCGGCUGACUCCAGCAUAUUAUCUGCCAGUUCCAUGUUCGCCCGGAACGUCUACAAGUUGAUAUUUAGGCAGAAAGCUUCGGAAAUGGAAAUCGUUUGGGUGAUGAGAGUGUCGAUUUUGAUAGUGGGGUUUUUAGCGACGGUCAUGGCGCUUACUAUACCGUCUAUCUACGGGUUAUGGUCCAUGUGUUCCGAUUUAGUAUACGUGAUCCUCUUCCCCCAACUGCUAAUGGUGGUCCAUUUCAAAAAUCAUUGCAAUACCUACGGCAGUUUGGCUGCCUACAUCAUAGCGUUCCUGGUUAGGAUAGCGGGAGGCGAACCGCUAAUGUUUUUGCCCGCCCUUAUUCAUUUUCCGGGGUACGACGUCGAAACCGACACUCAAAAGUUCCCGUUCAGAACUAUGGCGAUGCUGAUGUCGUUGAUCACGUUGGUGUUGGUCUCCUGGGGAUCGAAACACGUGUUCGAAACUGGCAAGCUGGCUCCUGGUUACGACAUAUUCCGUUGCGUUGUAAAUAUACCGGAAGACGUGCAAAGGGUGGGCGAACCCGCCGAGGAGGGGGAACAAAUGUCCGUGAUGGCGUCUGGGGCGAUGGGCAAGCUUUACGGGGCGGCCACCCUCGUGGGCAAAGACGAGAGGAAUGGUAGGAUUAAUCCGGCGCUUGAAGCUGACGAUGACAUACCCGCUUCGGAAGUGGAUCGACUCAGAAGCUCAGUAUCUUCGAGCAGUGGCGGCGGAAAUAGGGCUUCUAAUAUUAACCCGACAGAUAGCUAUCAAACCAAAUUGUAGAUAACGGCAGUUGCAUAUUCAGGGGGGUUAGUAGUGCACGGAUCGCUAAGGGUGUGUGUAAUUUUGUCGGUGGUGCGUCUCAUAUAAGCAAAUUUUGGGUUUGGGCUAUUGAUAAUGAUACCCCCAUAGUACCAAGUCAAACUAGGUGACGUACAGAGUGAGUAAAUUAAUGCAAUUCCUUUCAAUGCCUAGAUAGCAACUGCUAUGAAUCUACAUCUUUCGGCAUCUGUUUCUUAAAACAACUACGGCUGCGAUUAAGAUAACAGAAUGAAUCUCUCUGGUGGUUAAAUGACAACAAUUCAAACUCAAUACUCAUGUUAUAGUGACAUCACAUUAAGAAAUUUUUUAUUUGUAUUAUUUGUGAUUUUGAUUAAAAAACAAAUUAUGCCAUUUUCUGCUAACAUAAGCCUUUUGCAGAUAAAAUGAUAAGUCCCAAAAAUGUGAUAGAAAUUUAUUACUAAAAUAUUGAACUGUUAAAAGAUAUCAAUUAUUAUAACCAUUUCGUUAAACUGCAUCCAAUAAAAAAACUGAAAAGAACGGUCUACUCAGAAGGAUAAUCAGCUACUUAGGAUUAACGACCUUAGUUUCCAGUUACCGAGACGAAGUUAUAUCUGAAUGUUCCACUCAUGGGAGGUUGGAAUAAACCAGAUAGAGUUAUGUCCGGUUUAUGAGCAUUUCAAAAAUUUUAAGUAGAGUGGUAAAAAAAUGCAGCCAUUGGAAAAAAUUCUUACAGUCAUGGUCGAAAUAUAUUAACCUCUGCUGUGGAUUUUCCAAAUGGGCAAUUAAAUGCUGUUGAUUUCACAGAAAGAAUCCAUAAAGCAUUCUAAGGAAAUGAAUGCAUGAAAUGUGGAAAAGCCAACAAAGAAUUGCUUAUAGUCAUAGCUGUUCUCUUCAAUACAAAUUUGUAUGGCAUGCUACUACCCUCGUCUUAUAAACUGAAAGAAAUUUACAAGUAAACAACAGUGCCAAACUGCGGAAGCUACUCCUUGCUUGUUUCAAUGUUGCUAUAUCUCCAAGCACUAUACCUUCAACUCCUCUAAUGUAGACAAUACAAGUUUGGUAAGUGAGCAAAAUAGGACAUCAAAUCUAAAAUAUUUUGCAAGUGCAAUUUUCUCGCUGUUCGUCACCGUUUGACUUCACUUCACUAAUUGCUGGCUUUUACCGAUUUAGUUACCUAUCUGCCAAAACUUAUGUGAAACGCAUCUUGAAACAACAUCUUUUAUUUUCAUCUCAACGAACUGCAAUAACAACGAAUAGUCUAAAGAACACAGGAAAAUAAAAUUUUAAAUUUUAUACUCUACUAUCAAUGACUUCCCCAUCUGAUAUACAUGUGUAUAGUAUAAACGAAUUCAUUGAUUUGUGACAACAUGUAAUAUAUGUAAUUUCGCAGGGUGCUUUUUGGCAUUCAAAAUUAAUUUUUAUAGGUUCCAUAAUAAUAUUCAAUAUUUGUUUUAAAAAAUGUAUUUACUUUAUAGGCGUAUCUUUUUUUUUGUUAAUUAUGCAGCUCGAUGGGGAUUACAAUAAUAAAAAUGUUAAUCAAUAUUUUCUAUAAAACUAAUUUAAUGCGGUUUUCAGAACAUUUCAUUGAGUUUUUUUAAAAGCAUUGGGAAGGUUAUAUAGAACAUAAACUGUACGAUUAAAUAUAAAUAUUUAAACUUAUUCUUAAACAUAAGGGCCCAAUGCUGAGCAAAUGUUUCGAAAUUGUCGAUCUUAUUUUAAAUUUGAAUCAAUCCAUAUGUCUUAUUUCUGUACUUCCGUAAUUUGGUAAUUUUGCAAUUGGGGAGCAUUUCUAGUAGAUUACGCUCUUCUUACCCCGCCCAGAGUGCGUCCCGCUAUACUUGGGUUUCAAAUUCGGCCCUCACCAAUGUUGAAGUGUUGAAGUUAUGUUUAAUACUUACGGAAAUAGGGCCAGCCAUGGUCUAAUAUAUAAUGGCGAGAGUCAAACUUGAAAUAUCCGGUAUAGUAUACCAGUGUAUCCCGCUCCAAAUUGGACAUCUUGUAUAUAAGGUGUACAUUCGUUAUAUGUAAAUAUUUCAGUUAGAUUAUUUGAUUCUGAUAAGAUAUUAGGAAGUUUGUUACUAAAAUAAGAGUUUAUUGAAAGCGGUUUUGGAAAAUUUCUCUUAAUGUUGAGGUUGCGGUUUACGGAAAAUGGGUGAGAAAAAUUCGGAAAAGUUGAAUUAUUAUGGUUAAACAAUUGAAUGUUUCUCGAUGUCAAUAAUUAAAUGUUUCCUCUUUCCCGAAGUGAGAAACUUUGGAGUAGAGUUUCGUACGUCUAUUUAAAUGUUAUUUCUUUAUAAUGACGAUUAAACGUGGAUGACGACGGGGGCACAAUUCCAUACAUAUCAGAGAAAAAGACUAUAAAUUAUCGUAACAUAUCAGUUUACAUAUCAAUGUUAAAUCUGACUAAGAUCGUUUCUCGCAUUAUUUGUUGGUGUUUGUAAACGUAGAAACGGGUGUUUUAUUUUUGAUAUUUGGCGUGACGCGCAAACGUAUAAAGAGCAAUUAAUAGUAUCCUUUGAGGUAAAUUAUAUCGUUGAAUUUAGAGAGCUUUUAAGUCGGUUUAGUCCAGUGGCUUCGUAUACUAGUGAUAAUUUUAUUUCCAAAUGCAAACGGUAUUGUUAGGAAAUCACUGUUGCAAUUCCGGAUAUUAGGAAAUAUAGGGUCUUUAGGUUUUGGCGAAGCUGAAUCGCUUGUUUUGUUAUACAAACAAACCGCAGUGAGGACAUUUAGUCAAUAGGUUGCUACCUAAUCAGAGUUUUUAAAAAGUAUGUAAGUUCGGUCUAAAUCCUUCCUAAAUUCAUAUUUGGAACACAGCUAAAGUUUUAUAUAUUUUAAGGAAAUGUAAAAGCCGAAUGUUAUAUAUAUACAAUUUUGGAGAGUGCUGUAACUAAUUUGCUCGAUGAUGGUACUUUUAAAAUUAUACCUUCACUCUGGUUAAUUCCUUAAUACGUCAUCAAAUUAUAGUAGUAAUAAUUAAUAACCACUUCUCUGUGUUCUACUUUACCUGAUAAGUUUUCGGGCACUACGGGCACUUGCAAAUACUUUGAAACUAAAAGUGACAAUUUUCGUGGAACAAAAAAAUGGUUUAACUUCGCAAAAAGCACAAGACUCUAUCUUUGGUAAUAACCGAGAUACCGUACUCAUACAUAUCAAUACCGCCAUCCUACUUGUAACCAAUCAUAUCCGGAUAAUGCCGAUGUAAAAUAAAACGUUAGUGUAUAGAAAUAAAAAAUGAAGAGUAUAUUUCGUAUGUUACGUAUGUUUGAGAAAAGACAUUAUAGACUGUUGCGAGAUCUUUUAGAAUUUUGCUGUAAUAUAAUGUAUCUCAAUGUAAAAAAUCUAGAAUUUUAGAUGACUUAUUGUUGUGAAAAUUAUACGAUGAAUCCUUAACAA